UCGGAAGCUACGGGGACGAGAGACGUAUUUCAACAGAGAAAUUUAGGCUGGAGUGUCGGUUUCUUUGUACAACCCAAUAUCAAAAGUGCUAGAGAUACUAAUUUCUUUGCCUUUUCCCAGUUGAGCUUUAUUCCCUAGUACUCCUCUCUCCCUAUCAAGCUUCCCUAGCAAGGCCGAUAUCACAAUGCGCGCAAUCCAAGUAAGCGAGUACGUUAAGGGGCCCCUCGACCUGACCGUCACAACCCUCCCAACCCCCUCCCCCUGCCCAGGCAAGUACCUCAUAAAAAUUCACUCAGCCGGCACGAAUUUCUUCGACCUCCUUCAAAUCCAAGGCAAAUACCAACACCAGCCACCUCUGCCAUGGAUAUCCGGCAUGGAAUUCGGCGGGACAAUUCUGAGCACCCCGACCGCCGCCCGCUCACCAAAGUUCAAAGUAGGCGAUCGCGUCUUCGGAGCCACACAGGGCGCGUAUGCUACACACAUUCUUGCCCUCGAAGGCGCGCUGCGACCGGUUCCCGAAGGCUGGAGCUUUGAGGACGCAGCAGGCCUCUUCGUCACCGCGCCGACCUCCUAUGGUGGCCUGGUAACGCGUGCGAACGUGCAGCCGGGCGAUUGGGUACUUGUGCACGCCGCAGCGGGCGGGGUGGGGCUAGCUGCUGUGCAGAUCGCAAAGGCUAAGGGGGCUACUGUCAUUGCGACGGCCGGAUCGGAGAGGAAGAGGCAGAUUGCCAAGUCGUUUGGGGCAGAUUAUUCGAUUGACUAUAAGGAUCCCAAGUGGACGGAUGCGGUGAAGAAGCUGUGCGCGGAAAAACGGACGGGGAAUGGCAAAGCGGGCGUCGAUAUUGUGUAUGACCCCGUGGGGAUGAUUGAUCAGAGUCUCAAGUGCGUAGCGUGGAAUGCGCGGCUGUUGGUGAUUGGGUUUGCGGCGGGGACAAUUGAGAAGGUUGCGCUGAACCGGGUGCUGUUGAAGAAUGUUAGUAUUGUGGGCUUGCAUUGGGGUCAGUAUGCGAAUUUCGAGAAGGAGACUGUGGGAGUGGUGUGGGAUGGCAUUUUUGAGUUGAUUAGGCAGGGCAAGUUCAGGGGAACAAGCUUUACGGAUCAAAGCUUUGUUGGUUUGGAGAGUGUUCCAAAGGCGUUGCAGGCGCUUGGGGGACGGGAGACCUGGGGGAAAGUCGUUGUUAAGAUACCCGACGAGGAUAAAGGAGUUUCAAGCAAGUUGUGAUUUUGUAAAGAUUUUUGACGGGAUAUUAAUAGGUUGGGAUGACUUUUUUGCAUGACUACAUUGGUUAUACAUACGAAUAGAAUUGUUAGGUUACUGUUCAAUAGAGGUGGGUAUUCAGAGCUCAAGGCAGCGAGUGUAAUAUAUUUUAUCGUCCGGAAUUGUAAAUAGUGUCAAUACCACCAAAGAUAGACAAUAAUACUGAAUUAACAACCGGAUA